GAAACAAUUAUGUCGCCUUCUCUAGUUAUGUUGUCCUUCCAAUCUGCUUCUAUUACAACUAGAUCACUUUCUCCUUCCACCUCUAUUGUUGCAAGUGAAAUGAGUAGUGAGGAUGAUGAAUUUGAAUUUGUAGAAUUAAAUAAAGAUAAAGAAG